GGGCAAUCGAGAAAAGGGGGCAGAGGGGGGGCUUUCUGUCGGAGGAUCGGAUUGACAUCGAAUACCUGUCAACUCUAACAAGGGGAAAGUUUUAUUCACUUUUCUCGAGCUGUCAGAGAAGAGGAGUCAGCUGACUGGAAGCCGCAGGAAGUCGCAGGGUGUGUUGUGAUUAAAAAGAGAUUACAGAUGGAGUACCAGCACCUUGCGAACCAGCAAAAUCGAAACUACGGGGUAGCCAACCCCGGUUAUGCCCCGGCAGCACGACCCGCCAUGUUCGCCCCACCCGCCGCAGCGGGAGCAGCAGCAGGAUUCACCGCGGAGGGACCCAGCGCUCCGCCGGCCAGCAUGUUCGACAGCAUACCGGGCUAUGAGGGCACAGUGUCGGGAGGAGGUGGAUUUCUGCCCCCUCCAAUGCCUGCUUACCCAGUACCUGUGCCUGAGCCUGGACCUGAACAACCAAACUGGAAUAUCCCGUCUAUAACUGAAGACACUGCUCGUGGGGCGUUCAUCCUGUUUGCCUCCAGCAAGUGCUGCUACAGUGCAUCACCGGCCAAGGAUGGUGUGAUCACCAGUAUGGACGCAUUCAAUACAUACAGGUAUCGUCUGGAAACCUUUAGUGAAACAAGGUCUACAGAGUGGAGUCAUGAGCCAUAUAAAGGGCAGCCAGUGGAUGCCUACGCCCAACCACCUCCAGGGCCCUGGGAUGUUCCGGCUAAAACCCCCAGUUUUUUUCUGGAUGACAAACAGGUCAUCAAGGUUCCCUACACUUCAUCUAUGAAGGCCUGCCACGCUUGUGUGGGAAUGGGGCGAAAACCUUGCAAAGACUGUGCCGGUGCUGGUAAUAAAGUUUGUUGGGUGUGCAAUGGGUCUGGUUUCCGCAGCGGAGAAGACCGAUGCCACCACUGCAAUGGAAGAGGAAGGGACAACUGCAGCCACUGUGGGGGGCAAGGAUCCAAGAUAUGUGAUGUGUGUCAAGGAAAACAACAGCUUCUGGUCUACAUCAAGCUCACUGUGAAAUGGAUCAACAACUGUGACAACUAUGUUGUUGAACAGUUGAGCGGACUGCAGGUGAACAACCUCAGCACAGUGUCUGGGAAGGAGAUGUUCAGUGACACUCAGUAUAUGGUAUACCCAGUGAUGGGCUUCCCAGACCCUGCAGUGGUGAAUGCUUCGCAGCGCCUUGUCAAUGAACACCAGGGCAAGUUCUCCCAGACAUCACGUAUUCUACAACAGCGUCAUACCAUCGAGCUGAUCCCCGUCACCAAGGUGACCUACAAUUGGAAAGGGAAUUCAAAUAUUUACUUUGUUUACGGGAACGAGUUUAAAGUUAGUGCAGACAACUAUCCGGCCACCUGUUGCUGUAGUGUGAUGUGAUGUGACUGCAGUGGCUGUGUAUGAAGGUGCUCACUUUCCAAGCAAACAGACUUCUAAAUAUGUUACUCACAGUUUAAUUCUAUGGAUUAAUGGAGCAUUCCCUGACAUGUGGGCAGUCACAACCUUGUUUAAGUUUGUCAUUUGACAUAGAGGCAGUUUAUAGAUACAAUGAGGUAGUAGAACUCGUGUAGCUAUUUGAGCAAGCAACCUACACUGAAACUCAAUUUGCCUUUGACUAAUCAUGACAACAUCUAAUGUCAAGAAUUCACAUUGUUAUGUGCCAUAACAGAGAAUCAUAUUUAGUGAUCUAAACCACAUCCCUUGAUACCUGACACUUUUGUACUUUUAUAUGAUACCAGUGAUUUGUAAUCAGUAAAAGCAGAUAUUUCAUACAGUAUAUUAUUUGCUUGAUAUUUAAAUGUCACCAAAUUUGCAUUUAACCAAAUCCGUUUGCUGUUUGUGUAACAUUAAUUAUUUUUAUAUUAAUUAAAUGUGUAUGAUUUUAAAAUACAAAUAAAACUAAACAAAAUGUAA